AAUCAACAUAAAUAAAAGUAUUUUUUUUUAUAUUCAAUGUCAAUCCAUCUAAACAUAUUUAUAUCAAUACCACAUUGUCAACACUAUCAAUAAAAUAUACUAGGGGUGGCAGUUCGGUUUCCGGUUAGUGGUUAACCAGCCGGUUCAACCGAUAAUCGCCGGUUAGUAACUAACCAAAAACCAACGGUUAUUUGCCUCGGUCGGUGUUCGGUAGAAUAAAGCUAGUUUUCGGCUAGCCGAGUAACCGAGGAUGAUUAACCGCGGUUACCCGACUAACCGAACAUAACCGACCAGCCAUCCUUUUAAUAAAACCCCAACCCUAAUUCUUUCUUCUUCGUACUCAAAUCCCAGCCCUCCGCCAUCCAAAUCCCAGCCACCCUCCCUGUUGACUCCGUCUCCCCCUCCCCACCCUCCUCGACGACCGGACACCGCGAGCCAGAGUCAGAGAUAGCAUCGUUUCUCCUCGCCGAUUCCUCUCCGACAUCGCCAUCUCCCAUCCCCGACGACCCCAGGCAUCCACGCGUCUCCCAUCACCAUCCCUUCCCUCUCCAUUUUUGCCUCUCCCUGCAUCGGGGAUGUCUCCCUUCGCUCUCUUCUGUGGGCGCCGGUGUGCCUCUGCUUCUCCUCCGCGACCGGCCGUCGUGGUGUCUAAAUCUGCAAUGAAGGAAGGAAGAAAAUGGCUGGUUCUGCCCUCUGGUGGUUCUUUUUGGAGGAAGGCAGGAGAGAGAAGGAGAGAGAAGAAGGAAGAAGAUAAGAAUUUAGUGGUAGGGAGAGAAGAGAAGAAGAAGAGGUGGGUGGGGUGGGUAUUGGGAGAGGAGAGAAGAAGCAGAGAAGUAACGUGGGUGGGGUCGGGGGUGGGUAUUGGGUUUUUUUUUUUUCUUUUUUUUUAAUAAAUUCGGUUGUUGCGGUAUAACCGCCCCAGAAUCGAAAACCGGUCGGUGGUCGGCUAACCACGACUUCUCUCACGGUCGAUGGUCGGCAGACAUGGAGAAGGUUCGGUUUAACCGAAACCGACCGACUGGCACCCUAAAACAUACGCACCACUACCAAAACAAUAAGCACCAAAAUACAAUUUCUUCCCUUAAUAAACACGGUGGUUACAAAGAUUUUGUAACCACCGUAACCCCUUCCCAAUUAACGAACUAAGAAACAACUUGAUCACCUUCCUGUCUUUCCUACUUUUUCUUCUUCUUUUUUGUUAUUUAUCCAUAACGAAAAAGAAAAAUAACAACCAACCACAGAGCAUGAAGUUGGCGCGGGCAAUGGCCGACCCUUUCUCUAUUUUGAGCAUUUUCGACCGAUCCGUCGCAUCAGUAUAAUAAGUCCACACUCCAGCAUCUAACAGGAUAAGCCCGACCGCAAAACCGGAAAAAAGUUGGUGGCGUGGAAUAAGCUAAUUUCGUUGACGAAAAUGACAGGAUCCGUAGAAUCCCCCAUUCCAUUUUUCCAGUUAAAGAAGAAGAGAAUUCGCGCGAGUCGUCGUCCCCCAAUCACCCGCCUUAAAAUUAAUUAUAAAAAGAAAUCCCUCUGAAUCAACGGGCCGCCUAAAUCUCCAAUUUCCCAAUUCCCUUCCUUCCACCCGUCAAUUUAUUCUGGUUUCCCCCAAUUUCUUCUUCUUCUUCCUCCUCCGCGCAAGGACAACCAAACACAGAAACAAGACAAAUACCCAAAUCAAAUCCAGUUCGGAAAAGGACAAAGGGGGAGAUGGGUUUGUCGUCGGAGCAGGGGCGGGGAUGCAAGAAGCACCCAACCCACAAGGAGAAGCAAGGGGUUUGCCCUUCCUGCCUCAGGGAUCGCCUCUUCCGCCUCAACCACGCCGCCCCGCCGCGACUCUCUGCUUCCGUGCCGUCCUCCGCUGCUUCCGCUUCUUCUUGUUCUUCUUCUUCCGCUCCCUCAAGUCACGACGAUUACCACGACACUGUCAAUAACAACAACAUUGACGAUGACGACGAAGACGACAACAACAAUAAGGGGGCGGAGAAGAAGCGCGUGGGACACGGCCACCAUCGGAGCGCGUCGUCCUCCGACAUAGGCUCCAUGUCGUUCCGGCUGGCGGCGCCGGAUGUGACGUCGUCGUCGUCGUCGGGGUUGAAGAAGUGUCGAUCCGUGGCGGCUUCGUAUUCGUUCACUCCCCAGCCGCCGAAGGCAACGAGACGCCGCGGCGGGGCGGGAGGAGAGAAGGCGAUGUUUAGUAAUUACAACGACAAGGAUCGUCAAGGCGGCGGGGGUGAUUUUGGGUACGCAGGUGGGAAGAAGAAGAAAGGGUUCUGGACGAAAUUGCUUCAUCUCAAGGGGAAGAACAAGGAGGUGUUGAUUCAUCACCCUACCAUGCCGAUGAAAGGGAGAGCCUGUUGAUAUUUUUCCAACAGCUUGCGCCUAUUCAUUGAUUCAACACUUUUUUUUUUUUUUUUUUUUGUAUCUGUUCCUUUUUUUACUCCUUAAUUCUUCUUAAUAAUCCAGAAUUAUGAGGCUCGAUCGAUCUACUUUUCUGUGCCGUGUUACCGUGUGUAUAUAUUUUCUUGUUCAAUUUAUUUUUUUGCUUUUCUGUCUAAGGGGCUCUUGUUCUUGGAAUUUGAUCUAAUUUGGGGGGAAUUUCCGGUUAGAGCCUUUGGGGAGGGGCGCUCGUCCCUUUCCUUUUCAAAAUCUAAAAUAUAAAAUUCCCUUUCUCUACAUUAUCAUCUUUGACUUGGAACUCGGAUUUGCAGUUUAGAAUUUGGUAUUCUGAGCUUAUCUUUUGUUUUCAAUUAUGUUUUCGUAACAUUUUCCCCUAAUAAUUUGCUAUUUAGAAUGAAUUGAUCAUGUGGACUUCAUCGUAAAAAUUUACAUAACUUACGAGUCGAUUAUGAUGAUAAGGAACUCAAGACACAAAUUGGUUGUCUAGUAUAAUCGGUUGCUCUAUUAAUUUGGAGAGCAAAUUUUUGAAUUGGACACAUAUAAUUUGAACCCAUAUCUUUUUAUAGACGAUAGACGCUACAAAAUUGCGAGGUGAAUUGGAAAUCUUUGUGUCCAAAACUAGCAAGAUCUCAUCAAUGAAUCACACACAACCUUGGCAAUGGAAUAGGUUGCCUCUGGAGUGGGUUACCGGAUUUAGUUUUGGUGAGAAGUUAGGGUUAGGGUUGGUUGUGUAAUGAAUUUGGUAGGAAAAAAAGCUGAUUAAAAGCAUGAUUGAUCACCCUUCUUAAAGUGUUAUUUGUCCUCAUUACGAACUUGCUUGAAGCAAUCGAGCAAAUCUCUCCCAAAAAUUCAUGUAACGAAAGUAUAGAAGCAACAAUCUUACAGACUUCUGUGUUUGCAAGUUUGGUUCAUAAGAAUUUGCACUAUCAUCUUUAACAUUUUGGUUCAUCUGUGUGAUUUGUGGUCUCUUAGAGAACAGUACAGUAGUUCAUGGGCUUGGAGAAGAAUUCUCAAGCUUAGGGCUGUGGUUCUACCCUGGUUACAGGUACAUAAUGAUGUUGUCUAUUGGGAUUCGAGGGAGAUGGAUGUUUAUUCAAUCCGUCGAGUCUGGAAUACAUUGAGAAACAGGGCCUCUGGAGUUAUGUGGUAUAAACUGGUAUGGAGCAGUAGCUGUCCUCCUCGCUAUAGCAUGCUUGCUUGGCUGAUAAUGAAAAAUGCCAUUACCACGAGGGACAAAUUGCAAAAAUGGGGGAGAAUUAGGAUUGCUGCUUGUCCUCUUUGCAAUCAAGGAAUAGAGAGCAGGGAUCAUCUUUUUACUCGGUGCAAAUUUGCUCGGGAGCUUGCUGCUGAGGUAAGGUGCAGCCUGCUGUUGCACCCAAACUGGGAUUCCAUGGUUCAAUCUCUUUCUUCGGCAAGACAAGCACAAUCUUGAAUUUGGCAGGCUCUUAUGUGGUAUCUCCUAGUGUCAUUUAUUUGGAAGGAGAGAUGUGGAGUUGUCCAUGGUACUUCAAGUCGUUCUCCUAAGCAGGUUGCAGUUCUGAUCAGACAGGUAUUAGUGUUCCUUACUUAUGGGAAUAGAGGGGCAAGAGAUAGUUUAAGGGGGUUGGGAUACAUAUAGAGUUUUUUGACUGUUUUUGCUUGCUGCAGUAGUACAGAGUACAGAAACGUUGUGAGGGGUGGAUGUUGGGGAAUUUGGGAUGACUAUCCCUCUUUCGUUGUAUUGGUUACUUUCACAAAUAAAAAGCGACUGAUUCAAUGAGAAAAAAAUGGUUAAAAUAUAAAGUAGAUGAACACCAAAGUGAGAGGUUAGUUAUGAAUGGUGUACUGGUAUAGGAUGUGAAGGGGUUGGGGUGGAUUUGGUUUUCUUGUAUAACAUUCUUGAAUCACUGUUAUAAAAUCGUAAUUAUUUCCAAAAUCAAAAGUAAGCAGGAAUGUAAUAUGGCAUACCCGUAUCCGUAUGCGGUUUCUGGAGAAGUUCAUCUGCACUAUCUCGGAUAAUUAUAUACAAAGUUCUUGAUAAAAGCUGGAAAUUUUCUUAAAAUGUAGAUAUUGCUUUUUAGUUUUGUUCAUUAGACACUAUUUAUAAAAAAAAUGCAGGAAAAUGAGCAAAUCUUUUGUCUACAGGAGAAAUAUGGGGUCGUUUGGAGAAUAUGAGUUUAAAUCUAUAGAUUGUCAACAAUCUAAAGAUUCUAACUCUUCGGAUUGUUGAAAAUUGAUUUUAAAAUGUUUAUUGUUUGGUAAUUGUGAUUGUUAACAUUCAAUGAAAAUAAAAUAAAAAUAUUUUUAUAUCAAAUAACGUGUUUAUCCUUAAUAAAAAAUUAGAGUGGUUCGAGAAAUAUUAAAAACUUUGUUGAUAAAUAUAUUUAAUAUGAUAAAUAAAUAAAACAAAGAGAAAAAGUAGGAGGGAAAAAAUCUCACGAAUCAAGAUAUAGAAUCUCUUUGAUUAUGAGAGAUUUGAUAUCCGUAGAUUUUAGAGAUUUGAAAUCUCUAUAGCUCAAAUCCACAAUACAAAAAACAACAAAAAAACAUAACUUUCUACAAAAUCUACGGAUUCAAUGAAUCCACGCCCUAAAUCCCAUUCUCCAAACGACCCCUAUAAUUGAAGAAUAUGGAUGAGCAAAAUCUUGAAAUGGGUGAAUCUAAAUCAUAAUUAUAGUACAUAUUUGAGGAGCUUCAAUGCGGAUACAUAUAAUAUAAAAAUCGUUCCAAAUACGCUAUCACCUUAUCGAGUUUGGAGAACCCCACUCAAAAAAACUGACGGUUAUAUUUUCACCAACAAAUUUAUUUGAAUUCGAUCGUAUACCAUGAUGAUUAUUUUGUCAACAGCUGUUAAUAUUAUUAUAUUAUUAUUAUUAUAAGUUAUGAGGUUCGAAACAAAAAAAUGAAUAACAAUGAGGUGUAGUACGUAGUCACUAGUCAACACAGAAAACACCCUUCAACGUCGUUUGCCGAGUGGCAAGGGGACAGGAGACUUGUCCAUGUUGGUGGUCCAAUCUUUGACUUGCGCGAGCCUAAUUUUAUAACUAGUGUGGCCCGGCAAGUUGGUCGGAUGAAAAUGAGUUAUGAAAUUUAUAAUGUAAUAGGGUGUAUAAUUUAUUGUUGUAUAGUUUUAUUUUGAAAAUAUGCGAUAAAGAUAGUGAAUUUUA